GAAGAACCCAACAGCAACGACAACAAUAACAGCCGAAACGUGGGACAAUGAGCUCGUCCUACGAGAAUAACCCAUCAUCCUCUCAUUCGCAACAAACUUCCAGUCAGAACCAACACAAAUCACCUCAUCCUACCCUUGCUGUCCAUUCAGAGGACUUGCAUGUCUCUGGACGACAUCGAGUCCGAGCAGAACUAUCAUCCCCUCGUCACCAGCACACUCCAACUGGCUGGUUAGGUCCUUACAAUGACCAGUCACCACUUAUACCCAGCGCUUCUAUUAGGUCCCCCCGUGUUCCACGCCUUCCAGGAUCACAUCCAUCCCAUUCAUCAUUAGAUCGUGAAGCAGGAGAGCAUGGAUAUGAUGUGAAUUCAUCUGAUAUACAUAGGGCUUCAAGCAGCGUUAGCAAUACUAAUACAAUGGCAACAUCAUCGCCAUCAUUGGCUACUGCUGCCGCUACAGGGAUCUUUGAAGGAAGAAGAAGAGAAGUAGGGGCAGGUGAAGGGCUUGAAAGGAGAGAGUUUGAUCCUAAGCAUCACAAUGAUGCAAGAUUUCCAGGAUCAUCGAUAGAGCCUUCUAGCAGUAUACAGAGUUUAGUAGAGUCAAUUGAUGAUGAUCACGUCUACAAGUUGACAGAGAUGACUAAAAAGAGAGUCGAGCAUAACAAUCCAGCACAGAAGCGGCAGCGUGUUGUGUCCUUACCAAUCACCUAUACUGCCUUAGCAACUAAUUUUCAACCGUCAGAGAAAACGCUUCAGCUCUCCAGUUCAUGCAAGUCGUAUUUAGAAUCCAGAUAUACACAGUUAUAUCAAUCAAUCAAUGUAGGACAGCCCAUCAAUCGCUUGCGAAAGCUGCACGAGAUUCUUCCACAGAUCAAUCCAGCUUCAAUACCAAAAUCCGCACAUGAUACCAAGCUUUCACGUCGAUUAACUAAAAUAGACAAGUAUCGAUUUGUGGAUAAAGUGCAGGAAUCGAGUUGUAUCUGGGAUGUAGAUCGUAUGGAGGAAAAAUUCAAGGCUACAGCUUCAACCGUUUCCACAAAGCAGACAAGUGAACCCAACUCUCGACAAGCAUCACAACAGGAUCUCCUUCAAACGGAACACGCACUUUCAAUUGAGGCCAAGCAUCAAACUCUGUCGUCAACUUCUACAGAUAGCUUUGGAACUAUCGACAAAGCAUCAUCAACAGACCCUCAGGGACGGGCAAAAGUUAUCACCAAUCGUCCUUAUCAUGACUCGCCUUUAUCGACGGUGGUAAUCGAUGCACAGCCUGUAUCGAUAGGGUUGUCUCCAUCUAGUACAUCCUCAUCAAUUAACAAUACAAACCAUACUGUCGAUUCUACCACUAAUUCAUCCUCGUCUUUGGAUCCUCUUCCUCAUCCUACGUCACGGCGGGAAGGCUCAGGAGAAAGUAAACUUCGGAAUGUAGAGCCUACAGCAUCGACCCUUAAACACUUUGAAGGCGAUCAACAACAACAUAUUAUACAGGGUAGAUCUCAUUCAGAAGCUUCAUCCUCAAAAAGAAACUCGUUCUUGGGAAUAUUUGGUGUGCGAGGAAAAAAGGUUGGUCAGGACAUUGAUCAGCUGGUACACCAUGAAUCACCACAGCAUCCAAGCUAUGGUGGUAGUGGUCAUCGACUGACCACCACAGAGGAGCGGCGAUCUAUGGAGAGCCAGGAUAAUCCAUACAUUUCUUCUGCUCAUGGAUCUAAUUCGACACAGCGAGGCCAUGCAAGCUCAGACGCCAUAGUUUCGCCCAACAUUAGUAGUAAUCAUGCGGUGACCCUAGAUUCACAUGCAAAGCGUGGGGCGUCAUUGGAGGAAGCUUUACCAACUAUUGAAACCAUUAGCGCGAGGAAUAGUAUCUUUAUGGACGAUGAUAAUGGCGGACAUUAUACGCCUCCAUCGCAGUGGCCACAAGGUGAACGUAUAGAUGAGAGCCAGGAUGAGAGCGACAAUGUAGCUACAGCAAACAACAAGCGGUCAUCUUUACGUCGAAUCAAGGAUAAAAUGUUAUGGAAGCGUGGACACAAGACGCUUUCAGCGAUUCAACAAGGUGAAAUCGCUCAAAUUACUUCACAAGGCUCCAACCAGCAACAACUGCAACAGCGGUUCUCUUCGUUCACAACAGAUAGUUCCAAAUCAUUAGGGAAGAAAUUUGAUCCAACAUUAGCUCAUUUGCAUGAGAAAAGUAUUAUGCGUAUACCAGCCAGCGAGCCAUCUUCUGGAAGAAAUUCAAUUGAAGGAUCUCGACCUAAAACAACCAAUAGAGUUUUGAGUAGCAAUUCUUCGCCUAACCUGGAAGCUGUCAAGGGCUUAGAGGGCGCAGGAACCAAUUCACCUCGCGUUGGCCCCUCGACGGCACAACAGACCUCAGUUUAUCGUACGGGCACCAGGACAUCUAUUAUAAAUCCUUCAUGGAAUGAUAACAAUAGUAGCAACAAUAAUAAUAAUAACAAUAUCAAUAAUGGUAUCGACGGCAGUAAUAAUAAUAACAGCAACAGCAACAGCAAUAGCAACAGCAUUAAUGUCAGCACCAGUAAUAGUAAUAACAACAGUAACGCUUCUCCCACGGUUCAUCCUAUGGGGCACUUGGAGAGCAGGUCGCCGAUGAUAAACCCUUCAAAGACAACAAAGUCACCAAUGAUGGUACCUUCUUCAUCAUUUAUAGAGGACAUGGCUGCAAAUGGAGCAGGAGUUGAAACGGCCAAACCAAUAGUCUAUAUUUUGGAUACAGAUCGUAUUCCUAAGCGACUCCUUGAGAAGCUAAAGUUGCGACCGGAGCUUACUAAUAUGGAUUGGUCCGCUGACACAGUGGAUCUGAGUGCAAUGUGGACAUCCUCAGAACCACCUCCAACGUACGAAGAAUAUGUUGGGAUACCUAAAGAGCUGAAAUCAUCACCACAGUAUCCUCAUCACCUUGAUGAUAUUGAUGUGCUCGAGAUUCAUUUAAUGCUGGGCGUUGAAGAGUCUGAAGACGUUGAUUCGAAACAACGAGGUCGCAGAUGGGACAUGUUGGAAUCACGUGUGGACAAUGAACUGGACCAAGGCGAGAAAUGGAUCAAGGACAUUGAUAAUUGGUCAAAGAAAAGAGCUAAUGCGAUCCAAAGAUAUACACGAAGUGCUAAUGAGGGGUCAUGGCAGUUAUAUGAGGAUUCUGUAUUGGUACAGGAGCCCGAAGAAGAAGAAGAAGGAGGAGAAAAGGCAGAAGAAGAGGAAGGGGUAGAAAGUGGAAUAGUCGCUGAUGGGUCCGCGCUUGACAGGACAGUCAAGCGAAUGGUUAGAGUAAGUGGCGCUGAAGGAAUAGAAGAAGAAGGAAAUGGCACGAAUACAGGGCUCCAGAGAGGCCCUACCGAGAUAUCGUCCAUGAUUCAUAAUGCAAGGAAACAACAACGCAACCUUUCUCUUUUAAGAGAUAUGGGGGGUUCGAUGUCAUCACUUAGCACGUCUGUACCUUAUUCAUUCAGGAACAGUAUCACAUCGACGCGAGAAGCUAUGAAUGAGAUGAGUGUAUAUUUGGUGGAGUGCCGUCAGAGGCUCAAGCAACUCCAUGAAGCUACAGGGGACCAGCUGGUCAGGAAAGAGGCAGAGUUCAAGUUUGUGGUGGACAAAUUUACAAAGGAGUGGAACGAGUCGUAUUUUAUGAACUUGAAGGAUGUGGAAGAACAGAUCCAGGUUAUGAACCUGAAGAGGAUUGAGAACCCAUGGAUGGAUAUGUUGUUGAUUAUGUUGUCGUGGGUCAUUCGAGGAUUGUUUUAUAUUGUUGAAGGUGUCACGAUCAUUAUCAUUAUUAUGAGGCAUACAUGGGAUAAAGCCAAGAAGGGUUUCCAGGCCGUACGGGAUACGAAGCAAGAGCGGGAACGCGUAAGGCUUCAUGAUCCAGUUGUGAAUACAAGUACAAACAAGCAAGGGGAGCAGAGGAAAUAGUGUUGCCAACAUCGACACUAGGCAGUCAUCAGUCAAACCAAGUAUAUUGUAGAUUGUGAGAACAUGAGAGAGUGAGGGGUUUUUUGUCGCCA